UCUUCAUGGCUUUGCUGUGAGCAGAAGUGUAACAGAGUUUUGCAGCCCACACAGGCAGCGUUAAGUGGGGGGCAGUCAGCCCUCAGCCGCCAGGCCCAGAAGGUCUAAGAGAUUUUCCUGUAGAACUUGGGAAAACUGUCUUGGAGAGGCAGAGUAGCCAACCCCACAGCGUCCAGUUUGGGUAGGACGCAGGCCUCGGGUGAGCCGUGGGGCAGUUCUUUGCUCCAGGUGGAGUCUGUGGCCACCCAUCUUCUUUCCUGUUACCAGAAGCUGGUAUUGUUGUCUAUCAGGGUAAAAGUGGGACAGACUUCCUGGUAGGCACCAGACUGGGAGAGAGGCUGUGGCUCGCUUCUUCACCUACUGACUUUGCGACCAAAGCCUCCAGGGGAGAAUCCCUGCUGAGGGCCUGGAUCAACAAGGUCAAGACCUGUUGAGGACGCGUCACGUCACGUUGUUUCAUGGUUUCGUAGUUACGGACCAAUCAACCUCAAACUGACCAACCCUAAAGUGGGGGAGGAAGACUCUUCAGAUGCUUUAAAACCCCAGGACUCAGAGAAGAGACUGGGGUUUUUGGUUUCCCGAGCACCCUCUCUGCUUUACUGAGGAGCUUUUUCUCGGGGUGUCUGACUGUAUCAUUUUCGGGACCUGUCUCCGGAGUUCUUCUGAAGACGGUAUAGUUUUGAGACCUCAUCUCCAGAUCUCUUUUAAGGACUACUGACUCAUCACGGCUAAAGAUGGCCUCCUGUUGAAACUAUGAAACGUUCAGAUGCAGUUGUAGCCCUGAGUGCUUCACGUGCACAUCUGGAAGACAUGACUUACAGAAUGAAGAACGAACGCGCCUUUUGGGCCACUGUGUGUCUGUUGCUCAGCGCUGUUCCCGAACUUCUUAAUGCUCUGCCUGAGGAAGCUGACUAUGCAGAUUCCGAGCUGCGGCCGAUGAAACCGCUGCACACAUUUUGUGCGAUGAAGGUAGAAGACGGUCCAUGCAAAGCGAUGAUAAGGAGUUAUUUUUUCAAUAUGAACACUCGUCAGUGUGAAGAGUUUAUAUACGGGGGAUGUGGAGGGAACGAGAACCGGUUUGACUCCCUGGAAGAGUGUAAGAAAACAUGCAUCCCAGGUUAUAAGAAGACAACCGUAAAGACAGCAUCCGGAGUAGAAAAGCCAGAUUUCUGCUUCUUGGAGGAGGAUUCCGGACUCUGCCGAGGUUUCAUAUAUAGGUAUUUUUAUAACAACCAGUCAAAGCAGUGUGAACGAUUUGUGUACGGUGGAUGCCUGGGCAACAGCAACAACUUCGCAACUUUGGAUCAAUGCAAGAGCACCUGUGAGGACCCAGUGAGUGACUACAUAACUGAUCGAAAUACUGUAAUUGAUCGAACUACUGUAAAUAACAUUCCUCAGUCUACCAAAGUGCCUGGGCAUCAGGUUGCCUUGGGACUGUAUCACCUUUAUGUUAUUUUGAAAAAACUCAUCUUUGGUUAGACUUCAAAAACCUACCGCUAACUCAGUCUCCAGCACUUGGUCUUUGAAUGAGAAAAGGAGCCCCUAAGUACUGAGCCCGGGCCAUGCUGCUUCAGGCCAGCCUCCAGGUCCAUGGAGAAGGACUAGAUGUAAUAAAGAAGACCCUGUUGUCACUUGAAACUCUUUCCUGACUCUAUUGAACACAUGACCUAGGGCCAAACUCCACAUUCAUAGAGAAUGGUGGGAAAGAAGUAAACAUAUGUAAUUACAUACAUGACCAUCGGCCUUCAGGAAGAGGAGCGAUAUUGGCAGAGAAACUAUUCAAUAAUCAAAUGUCAUCACCCAUGUGCUCAUGUUAGAGAUCUGCAAUAGAAUGCUUUCACCUAUACGCUCUCUUGGGAGAUAUUGAUUACAUGCAGAGGAAUUUCAUAAUCAUCUAAGUUUUCUGGGAAGAAAAUAAUCCCCCGCCAACUAAGGAAUUGCAUACUUAGAUGCAUACCCCAAGAAGUCACGAGCACUGUGGGCAGUGCUAUGAACAUCAUUUCGUCAACAAGUAUGGUGGCCUUCAAAUGUACUCUCACUGAGAAGCAUAGGCUCUAUCUCACAAGCUACGUGCUCCUGCAGAGUAAAUCUGGUAGCUUGGGCUUUGACAUUCUGGCAAGUUGGCUUUCCAUAAAUAGACAGCUUUAGCAGAGCUCAUCUCAGGCCUCUACUUCCUGUCAAGAAUGCUGGCAAGAAACAAGAAUGUGGCACUUCCUCUGCCAAAAUCCCAGACAGCACCCUACCUACUUAGUAAAGCUCCUCACAGGCAAUCUUGAGUCUAGUCAAAGAUAAUCAUUGUCCUGGAUGCAGAGCUCUUCAGAAAAUGCCUCUUAGACAUCCACAGAUCCUUUCACAAGAGAUGAAAUGGACAACUUCGCUGUUUCAACCAAUUAUUUUAAAUUGACAUUUGUACUGAAUAAAAUAAUAGACAUUUAAGUUUGUGACAAUUAUAAAGUUAUGGCCAAAACUCACUUGUAUAUUAAUGCAGACGAAAGCAGUAAUUAAUACUAUUAGUUUGUUAACAUUUCUUUUUCUUAAGGCAGCAGGAAAAUCCAUAUUGGAAUAUGAAUUUUGUAUUGACAACAAAAAGACAGACUAAGGAUAAGAAUUAGUUUAGGAAAAUCUAUACUACUAUAAGCCAUAAUUCUCUGAGUGCUGCUUUUGUCUUUAAAGAUCAGAUGAUCUCUACAGAAAUGAGGUGAGGAUUCCUCAGUAAGGAGCCCCCAACUCUAACCCUCACAGCACCACAGGGCUAUGUUCCUCCUUUCCAACUGGAUGAUUGCCAGGAGUGUGGUCCCUGGUGUGCCUCUCAUUCCAGAAACCAAAGUCCAGGGUUUGCCAUCUCUAGAAUGAGGCCAGGUUGAACAUGCCAAUCAAAUGAUUCCUGCCUUAAGACAUUGGAGAGUUAUUUGGCUCACCACUGUUGCCCCCAAGGCUGGUUUCCAACCUCUUUAUUAGGUUUUCUGUUUCAAUUAGGUCUCUUCCUCUUGUUUAGACUUGAUGAACACCAAUCCUUGCAUGUGGCGGUGCAUGAGGUGUAUUCAGGUUGUUUUGAUUAGAGAUUAAGGGAUGAAGGGAUUUGGAGAUGAGAAAUAAGGAAGUUUUACAAACCCGACCUGAUCAAAUAUUUGCCUAGUUAGUGUAGAAGGAUUUCUUACUUAGCUUUGGAGCGAGGCCUUAUACUGGGCACGAACAUUAGCUUUGUGAAUGGAGUUGGAGCUUAAUUCCGAUUCUUUAGUUUCCUGACUUGUUUUGUACCCUUGAAAAUAAAGCAUUCAGUUUCUCUUAACUUCCAGUUCUCUCUUUGCUACACAUAAAAUCUGGUAUGUCAUAAAGUAUUUAAACACUACAACAGCACGUAGUAUUUCCUUCUGUGUUGCCAUUAACAAGAUUAUUGAUUUUAGUAAUUUUUGGUGGUGAUGAUGGUAAUUCUGGCUCACCUUAGCUUUAUAGGCAUAAAAGAUAUUGUGGCUGAGAGAUAUUGUUAAUGCAUAUUUAUUAUAGUCUCAAUACAAUUAACGUUGUAACCUUAGAUUGAGGAAUCUUAAUUCAUUAUAGUUAUCUGAAUUAACUGAAUUAACAUUCAGUGCUUGCAAAAUUCAAGCAUAAUUAACUAAAGAAAAUUUCAUCUUUUGUGUUUUUGGAUUUUAUUUUUGAUCACUGGAGGCAUAAAACACUUGUGUAUAUGCCUUUAGGACCUUAAGUAUACAUUUAUAUGCUUUCUAACUUAAGUGAGAUUUAUCAAAGAUUCAUGAUCUGGCUCAUAGGAAUUGUAAUCGAUCCUGGAAAUGGAAGAAUGAAAAUAGGAGGAUUUUUUUUUUUC